AUGAAUUCUACACCGUUAAAAAGUAUAAGUGAUUUAGACUCAGAAGAUUUGUGUAAUCAAGCUAAGAGUAUUACAGAUUCUAUAGAGAAAACAUGGAAAGAGGAUAAGAAGUAUACGUACAAAUUGAACAAAUUGAACAGUGAUAUUAAUGUACAAACUUACCAUAAUGAUAGGCUCAAUGAUGAUUAUUGGUCUGCUAGAGUUUCAGCACUAAAAGAGGUAAGCUUCAAUGAUAGAAAGGAAUACUUUUCAAAGCUAGAAGAAUACAUCGUUGGAUCCAUGAAUUGUUUAGAGAAAACACAUACGGAGUAUGAAAAACAAUAUAUUCACGAACUUGUCGAUUAUGAGCUUAAACCAAUUACGCUAAAGCCCAAUAAAGACUUUGAUACGUUUACUUACUUAGCCAGACUAGAGUAUAAAUUCCCGUUUCCGUUAAAACGGAGAGUUUUUUUUGAAUUGAUUCAUAUUUGCAAAUCUCGUACCGAAUCGUUAUCGUACGUUAUUUCAUUAGCAAUUGACCCUAAAUUUUUUCAAAGUGAAAGCUCAAGAAUGGUGAAUGCUAGGUAUACAUCGGUUGAAAAGAUAUUCUAUGGUAAUUCUACAGAUGAUCUAGAAUGGAAGAUGGCUACCUGUUCAACCCCGGGAGGAUCAAUACCUGGAUGGUUAAGCAAAUUAAGUAUUAAUUCGGCCAUAGCUAAAGACGUGCCAAGUUUCUUAAACUGGUCAGAUUCUAUAUAG